AUGUUCAAUUAUUUUUUAAGAAGCAUUAAAAACUGUAAAAGUAAAGACGAUGUUACUCAUUUAAGCAGAAAGUUCCUAAAAAAUAUUUAUCAUUUUAAUACAUAUGAAAUAUCUCUAUGUAUAAAUAAAUUUUCCAAAAUUUCUUUUGAGGAUCAUUUAUUUUGGAAUCAUUUUUGUUUACUAAUAACAACAAGAGAUGAAAACCUUGUGAAGAAAUUUUUAUUGACCAAAAAAAAAAAUGACAUUAAUAAUAACAAGUGUGAUGAUAAUGCAUAUUAUAAAUAUGAUAAUGAUGAUGAUUAUAAGAUUAUGAAGGUAGAUAACAAACUAUCUAAUGUUGAUAAACAUAAAAGAGAUGAAAGAAAUAAUAAUAUUUCUUUUAAAAAUGUGACAUGUAAAAAGAAAGAUGAUAUUAUUGAAUAUAAAUUAUUUGAUGAAGAAGAAAAAAAAAAAAAAAAAGAUAAAUUAUUACAUCUUUUUAAUAUAGAAGAAUUAUGUUUAAUUCUUAAUUCAUUAUCGAAAGUAAAUAUAAAAAAUGAUGAUAUAUUAAAAUAUGCUUCUCACAAAUUAAUCAGUCAUAUAAACUUGAAUAAAUAUUUAAUAAAUACUAUAAAAGCCCUUACUUCUUUGUCUGGUAACACAGAAGGAAGAAAAAAUCAAACUAUUGACAUAAAUAAUUAUGAUGAUAAAAAAAAUUGUAGUAAUAUCAAGGGGUGUAAUGACAAUAUGUAUGAAUCAAUAAAUGUACAUCAUAUUUUACAUGAUAAGAUAUAUCAGAACAUAAACAAUUUACAUAAUAUGUUGACAGAGAAAGAUAUAAGUAUAUUAAUUGAACUUAUGAUUACACAUAAUGAUAUAGAUAAUAAAAAUAAAGAAAAUAAAUUAUUGGGUGAUAACAAUAUUGUAGUGAAAAAUACAAACAUGGAUAGUAAGACGACAAAAGAGAAAAUAAAUAUAAAUAAUGAUAAUAUAAAUGAUAAUAUAAAUGAUAAUAAUAAUAAUAAUAAUAAUAUAUAUGAUAAUAAUAAUAAUAACAAUAUAUAUAAUAUAUAUAAUAACAAUGUUAGGGUUAAUUUUUUAAAAAAAAAAUUAUUUGAUAGCCUAAAAAAAGUAAACCAUAUCAGUGAACAAAGUAUCUCUCUUAUUUUACAAGCAUGUAGUAAAUCAUCAGAAAAAAAUAAACAGCUGUUAGAUAUUUUAAAAGUUAUUAUAAUAUUAAAAUUAAAAAAAGAAAAAAAAUGUUCUGAUAUAUUUCUUAGUAGUGUUAUACAUUCAUAUGCUUCUAUUAAUUAUAAAGAUAAAAUAUUAUUUAACAUAUUAUCAAAUUAUAUAUUUACAAAUAUUAAUUAUAUUAAUAUAAAAGCAUUAAUUAUUAUAUUAAAUAGUUAUGUUAAUAUUAAAAUAUUAAAUAUUAAAUUAUUUACUAUAUCCUUAAAUAAGCUAGCUAAAAAAGAUAUCAUAAUGAAUUUAUCAAAUCAAUGUACAUCCAAUAUUAUAACAAUAUAUACAAAAACUUAUCAUUAUUUAGAUAAACAAAAAAUUAAUUUUAUAUUUAAUACAAUCAUUCAAAGAAUAAAACAUGAAUAUAAUGAAUAUAAUAAGAAUAAUACACACGUUAAAAAAAAUGAUACUUAUAAUAAAUCGGUUUCGAUUUCUACACCAUCAUUAAUAAACAAAAAAGAAAAUAACAAAACAAUAAAUAAUAACAAUAAUAAUAAUAAUAACAAUAAUAAUAAUAAUAAUAAUUAUUAUUAUUAUUAUUAUUACAAUUUAGAAGAGAGGGAUGUGUCAUAUAAACAUUUACCCUAUUUAAAAUACAUACCACGUAAUAUAAAUAUUACAAAUAAUAAGAAGAGAGAAAAAUAUAAAAAUCAAACCGAUAAACGAGAGAAUAACCAAAUUUUUGAUGAAAAUAAAUUUUUCAUAUUAAAUUUCUUAACAAAACAUAUAACUAAUAUAUUAAAUAAUUUAAGUAAAUUAAAUAUGGCUGAUACCAAAUUAUAUGAAAUAUUUUCAUUUCUUAUUCUUAAAAAAAAAAAAAAUAAUAUCAACAAGCUUGACCUUCUUAAUAUCACAAGUGCUUAUUCAAGAGCUGCAUAUAGAAACAAACAAAUAUAUAAUCUAAUAAUAGAAUAUUCAAAACAAUAUAUUUUAAGUAAUGAUUUAAAAUAUGUAGAAUUUAUUAAUUUAUUUACAAGCAUUAGUACGUUUUAUAUACUUGAAAAAAAUGAAACUUCUGAUACAUACAAAGUAAAAUUUCAUGAAAUUAUCAAGUGUAUCAUUCAAAGGUUAAAAGGAGAAGAAGAUAAAAUUAUUAAUAAAAAUAAAACAAAAGAGAUAGAUGAUAAACAUAUGGAUGACAAUAUUAAUAUUAAUGUGAAUAAUAUUAAUAUUAAUGUGAAUAAUAUUAAUGUUAAUGUUAAUGGUAUAGACACAUAUAAUCCAAUUGACACUUAUAAUAAUAAAAAAAAAAAUGCAUAUGAACAAAUAACUGAAAAACAAAUAUCUCAUUCUUCAAAUUAUUCAAAGGAAGAACCAUGUAGUAAUAAAAAUACAAACUCUUAUGAAAAUAAUAAUAUAGUUACACAUGUCAAUAAUAAUUUAGAUGAAGUAUUUGCUCAAAAAAAAUUUAAAGAUCUACAUGUAGAUGAAUAUUGUUAUAACUAUGAUAAUAUAAGAAAUAAAAAUAUUUUAGAUAAUUUAAAUAUUAAUCAUUUAGCUUAUAUAUUAUCAACAUUAUGUAAAUUAAAUAUACAUGAUGAAUAUAUUUAUAAUAAAUGUGUUAUAAAUAUAAGAAAGAAAAUAUUUAAAAUGAAUUCUAAAUGUUUAUCUAUUUAUCUUCUAUAUAUAAGUAAAUUUAAUAUAAUACAAGAUACAUAUAUAAAAAAUAUUAUAGCUAGCUGUUAUAAAUUCCAAUAUGAAAAAAAACAAAAAAUUACAAAUAUUAAAAUAAAUAUAAAUAAUAAUAUUUUUUUUAAAAUGAAUCAUUUAUAUAAACAACUACUAUCAAAUGAUAUAAUUAAUUCAAUAUAUAUUAUCAGAUGUUUAAUAAAAAAUGAUGUACAUAUGAUAAAAAAUAAUAUUAAUCAUGGAAAGAAUUCAAAUAAUAGCUAUAACAAUAUAUAUGUAAUAUAUUUUAAUUUGUUAUAUAUAUAUAAUAGCCUUUGUUCAUCAAAAAAUUAUAACAUUCUAUCAAAUAAUAUUAAUAGAGAUAAGAAUGUAAAUACAUGUAAUAAUAAUAAUACUUAUAGUGUGAAUAAAAAUGAACACUAUAAAAAAAACAAAAAAUACCCUUCUUCUAUUUCUGAUGAUGAUAAUAAUAUUAUAAAAAUGGAUGAUAUAUAUUUUGAAGAACAAGAUAAUAUUAUAAAAACAAGAGAAUUAAAUAUACACACUUCUUGCAUACUUUUAAAUAGCUUAUCUUAUUUAUUAACACAUGUAUAUUUUUAUAAUGAAAAAUAUUAUAAUAUAAUAUAUUAUUUAUUAAUAUAUAAUUUUAAAUAUGUUUUUAAAAAAUUAAAAUUAAAAUAUCCAAUUUAUCAUUUAUUAUAUAAUUCAACAGAUUUAAAUAAUAAUGAACAAGAAACAAAAAAUAUUAUUCAAGAUAUUAUGGAUUCAGCAAGUCUAAGACAAUUAUAUAUGUCUAUAUUAAUGUUAUAUUAUUUGAAUCCAUUACAGUUAUCUAUUAAAAGUACACACAAUAAUAUUCUUAAUAAAUAUCCUUUAUGUUUAUUACAAUAUAUAUACUUUUUUUUGAAAUAUAGUCCUAUAUUAUCAUUUGAAAAAUAUCGUUCUAUUUAUAAUUCUUUGAAUAAUAUAAAAUUUAUUUAUUAUAAUGAUGACUAUCCUCACAAUAAUAAUAAUAAAAUUAAUCAUAAAAACGUAUGUCAUAAAAAUGAUGAUAAUAAAAGACCUAACAUCUCAACUAGUGAAUUAAAUGUUUAUAAUAUCAUAUUAAAUGUUUUAAGAAAAAAAAAUAAAUUACAACAUUUUAAUCUUUCAACAACUUUUAAUAUUUAUAUGUAUUCAGUGGAUAUAUUAAUAACGUCAAAAAAAAAAAAAAAAAAAAAUCAUAAAAAUGAACAAGUGAUUAUAAAAAAAUAUAUAACAUCAUAA